AUGGUUGACGAAGAGCUACCACUGUAUUCGGCUCGGGACCUUUCCCCCCGCUACGAAGCCUUCUCCGAGGAAGAUGACGAGGAUGGUAAUCCAAUCUUCCUAUACUCAUCUUUUGGCUACAUUUCUGGUGAAUAUGUUGCCUACUUCGGCCAAUCUGAUUAUCGAAAAUGCAAUCUGAACCAUCAAAUCAUCAGAGAAAGUUUGCAACGCCUUCCAGAUGAGGAUGUGUACCCAGAGGCUCCUUCGAACAUCACAGUGUUUUCACCUCCAAUCGACGAGACUCUUUUCCCCAAAAGGCCAAAACUACACCUAGACUUUGUAGGUACAGGCCUACUUCCAAAACUUAUGUUACACGAAGCCGAGACAAUGGAGCUUCUUCGGCGUAACCCACAUCCACACAUCGUUAGGUAUCAUGGUUGUUUGAUCAAACGCGGUCGCAUCGUCAGCCUUGUCCUGGAUCGCCUUCCAGUCACGCUCCAGCACCGACUAGAGAAGAAUGUACAACACUUUGACGUUGAUAACUGCAUGCGCAAAACCAAGUCUGCAAUCUGCCACCUUCACUCACUUGGGCGAGCGCACAACGAUCUCACGCCAAUGAAUAUCAUGAUUGACGAACACGAUGAUCCUGUCAUUAUCGACUACGGUUCAUGCCAGCCAUUCGGGAAGACACUUAUCACGGCGGGGACGCCAGGAUGGAUUGACGAGGACUUUACAGUUUCGGCGCAAGAUCACGAUUAUAUUGCGCUGGGAAAGAUCCAACAAUGGAUAGAGAAGCUAACAAGAGCUGCAUAA